GUAAGUAUUAAAAUUAUUAAUUCUGUGUUUAAAUAAGAAAAGGUAUCCAAACGAAGUGUUGCUGUGUAGUUACUUUAUGGUGGUUUUGUUCCCAAGUUGUUUGUGCUCAAACUCAAGCGUGGUAUUGUGUUUUAAUAUUUAUGUAAUGAUUUUUACAAGCAAAAAGAUAUGGUGCUUUUCCUUUUUUCAAAAUUUCAUUUACAGACACGUUUAAAAACCCAAUUGAGUGCACUUUUUAUAAUUUAAAAUCAUACAAUAUGUUAACAAAAGUUUUCUAGUGUCAGAGUUGUUUGCAAACCACGUGUGUUGUCAAAUCUUGAAAAUGUGCUUUGUUCUCUUUUCGUAAACAAUUGUAUUCUGUUGUUAUCACAAAAGCAAGUGUUCAACCAGAGAACAUAAAUGGACUUCUAAGUUCUCUGGUUCAACUAUAGCCCAAUAAAGAACAUACAAAUAAAAAACAUUAACCCAGUAGCAACUUUUUUGCAUACAUUAAAUAGUAUUGAUAAGCAUUGGGAACAUGGACAUCGUCUCCAAUAACUUCUUUAAAGUCGAUAUUAAAAAUGUCUAUUAUUUAUGCAUUGCUUCAUCUAGUGUUUACAUAUGUAUGUAUAUACGGAAUAAAGACAAUUCUAUUCUGCAUAUGUGUCUAAAGAGAACAUUCACUCAAUAUUGUUUAAAUGUCAGUGUUGAUAGUCAUAUUGUACAGUGUUUGAUAAUCUUAGACGGCAGAGCCCAAUAUUAUAAAUAAAUGGCUAUUAAUUUUUUCAGUAGGUUUUUUUUUAUCAAAUUGUAUACAAACAUAAGAAAUCCGAUACUUGUACUUCGAACUUUAUAUGCAGAAGAUAUCGAUAACUUUUACAUAUUUUCUUAUCAGCGAUUGUGAACGAAAUACAUUCAUAUAGUCAAAAAAAUAAAUGUUUUUGCGUGAAGUUUUUAAAUAAAUACAUAUAUAUGUAUGGUAUAUGUGUACAUAUAGUAUAUAUACUGACAUGUAUAUGUACAAUAUAAGUAAAUUAUUAUUAUUGUAGCUCCUAAGAGAUAACGAAUUUUGCCAUGAUUGUUCAUUGUUUCAAAAUCUAUUUAUUAUAAAAAACAGUAAGUUACCAUACAGCAUCAGAGAACUAUUAUUAUAAUUAUUACUUAGUAAUGUUUGUGCUCGCGCAAUAUGGCUCGACGAGUGCUAUUCAGUCGCUUGUCGGUUAUUGAGCAUCGAGCUUAUUUUUCGCAUACUACACGUACAUUUCUAUUGCCGCGGCGUGCUGCCACCAACAUGUUGAGUACUGAAAAGCCAGCACCAAUUGGAGCUAUUCCACAAGGAUUAACAACGCCAUCGCUGACAUGUAAUUUUGCCACACAGAAACAACAGAAACAGCCUGAAUCCAGUAUUGAACAACAAUAUGAGGAAUGUAUUAGUGAUUUGAAUACCCUGCAAUCAAAUGCGAUAACGUUACGCCGUUCAAUUUUACUGAAUAAUAAACAAUUGCCAUUAAGUGAUAUGUAUAAGUAUAUGGAGCGAAGUGGCCUGAGUUUGGAAGAAUUGGAGAAGAUACCUUUUAUACACGUGUCUGGCACAAAGGGAAAGGGUUCAACUUGUGCCCUGACCGAGUCUAUACUUCGUGCACAUGGCAUCAAAACCGGCUUCUUUAGUUCACCACAUUUGCUGUCAGUAACUGAAAGACUACGCCUAAACGGUCAACCCAUAUCGAAACAGAAAUUUGUACGCACCUUCAGACGUGUAUACAAUCGCCUGCGUAAACAGCAGCAAUAUGAGGGUGAUAUGCCGGCAUAUUUUAAGUUCCUAACGAUACUAAGUUUUCAUUUGUUCCUCGAAGAGAAAGUGCAGGUUAUCAUAUUGGAGGUGGGCAUUGGUGGCGAGUUGGAUUGCACAAAUGUGAUAAGCAAUACACAAACCGUGGGCAUAACCUCACUUGGACUAGAACAUACACAAUUGCUAGGCGAUACACUUACUGAAAUCGCUUGGCAAAAGUCGGGCAUAAUUAAAGACAACGCAGAUGUUUACACAUCUGUAACACAAAAAGAAUGCCUCGAUGUGAUCAAAAAGCGUGCCGCGGAACAUAAGGCCUCACUACACAUAGUGCCUGAAUAUCGGGAAUACUUCCGUACGCACGAAAAUGCAGAGCCACUCUCCAAUCUCAAUGAAGUGAUACGUCUUAAUGGCUCUUUGGCCAUACAACUAUCCUACGACUGGUUGCGCAAGAAUGGGUACGCACAGUACAAACAAAUUAUGCCUACGGCGCUAACCAGUGAAGUGGAAAAGGGUUUGCAGCAGUGUAAUUGGCCGGGACGUUGCCAAAUAUUGGGCAUUGAUAAACUGAAUUUCCACAUCGAUGGUGCGCACACUGUCGAGAGCAUGCGCGUUUGCAGCGAUUGGUUUAAGCGCGUAACGGAAAAGAGCACAAACCCACGUGUGCUCAUCUUCAAUACCACCGGCGAACGUGAUUCGCGGCGCCUGCUUGAGGUUCUAUACAGCACUAUCGACUUCGAUACGGUUUACUUUGCGCCAAACAUUGCUUCGGGUGCCUCAAAUCACAACGACAAUACUACUGUCUUUGGCAUAACGGAACAGUUGAAACGUGCUCGUCUGCAUGCGAGCAUUUGGUGUCAGCUAUGCCUUGAGUCGGACGAAAAGGAUACGUCGAAAACGUUCGGUUCGAUACAUGAUUGUUUUCAAGACGUGCGCAUCGUUUACGGCCUGGAACAACCGGUUGAUGUGCUAGUUACCGGUUCCUUACAUCUGAUUGGUGCCACAAUGGCAGCAUUCAAAUAUUUAUAAAUGAAAUCGGUGACAAAGUGUCUUUAGAAAAAUUUACAUAUACCAUAUUGUAAUCUUAUUUAUGUAUAUAAUAUAUAAUAUACAAGUAUUGUAAAAGAAAUAAAUUUUGUCCCAAUACGGACACUUAAAUAAAA